AUGUCAGAGACGAGAUCAGAGACGCAUGCGCAUUUACUGAUCGUCGACCUUAACGAAUUUCCUUUAUUCAUAUUUCUUCACUCUCAAUUUCCUCUCGAUAAUCUCGUUCUCUUCCUUCGCCUCCAUUUCUCAUUAUCCAUCUGUGAUUAUAUUUUUCUUUUUUUUUCUUUUCUUUUUUCUUUUCUUUUUUCUUUUCUUUUUUCUUUUUUUUUAUUUUUGGCACUGGCUUUUCUUUCGUUUUCAUUCAUUUCCCUAUAUUUUCUUCUUUAUCUCUCUGUUAUUUUCUCCUUUUCUUUUUACUUUUUAUCGUACCUUCUUUCUUUCUUUCUUUCUUUCUUUCUUUCUUUAUCCCUCUUUUUUUUUUACUUGCCUCUUCGCUCAACUAAUCUUUUUUCUUUUUUUUUGGCACUGGCUUUUCUUUCGUUUCCAUUCAUUUCCUUGUAUCGCCUCUAUUCUCAUAUAAUUGUCUUUAAAGAUAUUUUCUUCUUUAUCUCUGUUAUUUUCUUUUCUUUUUCUUUUUACUUUUUAUCAUACCUUCUUUCUUUCUUUAUCCCUUUUUUUUACUUACCUCUUCUCUCAACUAAUCUUUAUCUUUUUCUUUUUUCUCUCUUGUUUCUUUUCUGCUUUUUCCGUUUCCUCUUUUUCAUACUUCUUUUUUCUCUCUUCUCUCCUAUCGUUCAUUCUUUCUUUCUUUUUUCUUUCUUUUCUCUUGUCACUUCCCGUCUUUGCUUCGUUCUUUAUCACUUAUUCUUUUUUCCUCCUUCACAAUAUUUUCUUUGCUUUCUUUUUUUCUUUUACUCAUCCUUCUUUUACUUUAUUAUUUUCUCUUUAAUUAUGUUUCUUUUCUUUCUUUUUUUCUUCUUCCCUUCCUUCCUUUCUGCUACACUAUUUCGUUCCUCGUCUCAUCAUUUGCUCUUUCUUUUCUCUUAUCGUCUUCUAUUCCUUUUUUCCUUUUUCUUUUCUCUUUCACGUCUCUUUUCAUUGUUUCAACUCUUUUGUCGUUUUUUUCUGCCUCAUUUCAACCAUUGUUAUGUUAUCUUCAUUUUUCUUUCCUUCUUUUCUUUCAUGUUUCGUUUCAUUGAGUCUUUUUUACCCCCACCUUUAACUUCUUUUUUCUUCCUCGUUUCAAUCCUUGUCGUCUUCUCUUCCUCUUUCUUCCUUCUUUUCUUUGACGUCACUUUUCAUUAA